AUGCUGCCGUACCUGUUCCCUGAUCUGUCCACCUUUGCUACAGUCGCCGAUCUUAUCACCCACCUUCGCACUAGUGAUGCUCGCCUGCGUGCCGCCCUUCCCACCGAGUUCUGCGCUAAGAAUCCCCCUCCACUGUACUGGACACUCCACUUCAUAGUCACCCGUCUCCCUGACACCCUCAGCUCAGUUCGAGACCACUUCCUUGCUCGCUGUCCCACUGAGCUCACAGUCGCCCUCCUAGAGGAGCAGCUGCUCGCGGCCGAAAAGAGCAUUGUAGCUGUCGGUGCUGCUCGUGGCGCUCCUCGCACCCCCAUCUUUGAGGGGUGUUCUCCCUCUCCCCUCGCUCCCUCCUACGCUACUGCUGCUGCUGUUGACUUCCUUGGUGCUGAGUCUGCUGGCGCUGCUUCUGCUCCUGGUGGGAGGCGCCGCACCGGCAAGGGCAAGGGGGGCAAGGGUGGCGGGGGUGGCGCUGGGGGGGGAGGAGGUGGGGGAGGUGGGGGGGGAGGCGGUGCUGGAGGGAGCGGUGGCGGGAGUGCUGGUGGGAGUGGGGUCGGCAGCGGAGGCGGGGGCGGCGGAGGGAGCGGUGGCGGUGGUGGCGGCGGCGGCGGCGGCGGCGGCGGCGGCGGCGGCGGCGGCGGCGGUGGCGGCGGCGGCGGCGGCGGUGGCGGCGGCGGCGGUGGCGGUCGGAGCGGAGGUAGUGGUGGUGGCGGAGGUCGGAGUGGAGGAACUGGCUCGGGUCAAAGCUCCCAGCAGCAGCAGCGUCCCCAGACGACCCAGCAGCUUCGUGAGUGGCUUGCUCAGCGUGGGACGUCGGGGGGCAAUGGCCGCUGUUCCUAUGUCAUUCGCACAGGUGACCGCAAGGGACAGACGUGUGGGAGGUUCCACACCCCGUACCGCUGCUUCUCCCGCCUUGACGACGCUUGGCGUGAGGAGAUGGGCGAGGAUGUUGAGCGCCCCCGCUGGGCUGAGCUCAUGAGGGCUGGUGUUGAUAUCUUUGCUCUUGACUAUGAUGCUAUUAUUGCUGCCAUGUAUGCAUUGACUGUUAGUGCCGAGGGAGACUGUUACUUGUGUGUGCCGCCUGACCCAGGUAUAGAGCCCGCUGCCCUGGGUACUAGUGAGUCUGCUCUCUCUGGUAUGGUGCCCCCUGUACCUGCUCCCUCCAGUGCUGUCCCCGCUGUUUGCGAGUCUGCUCUCUCAGGUACAGCACCCACAGAGACUGCUCUCUCAGUCCUUGCCCAGUCCACCACUGUGCUCCCUUGUCCGGCGGUUCCGUCUGGCUCGUUGUCGGGUUUCCACCUCCCCUCGUUCUCGACGAACCUGGUGAGCAACGCUGUCAUCCAGGAUCAGUGGGUUGACACCUUUACCCCUGGAGGACAGCGUGUGGCGAUCUGCACGUGCUCCAGGACCGGCCGUCACCUGGCUACGUUUACCCGUCGGCCGGGGUCGAGUCUCUACACACUGACCACUGCGUCUCCUCAGGUCGCUGCUGUCGGUCAGGUGUCCGCGUCAGGUCUGGUGGCCCACGCCUGUGAGUGUCGUUCCCUGUCGCACCGGACUCUUCUCUGGCACCACCGCCUGGGUCACCCCUCCUUGCCACGCCUCCGUGGCAUGCACCGUCACCGCCUUGUGUCUGGUCUUCCCAGGUCCCUCCCUCCCCUCCCUGCCUCGCCUGCACCGCCUUGCCUUCCUUGCGUCGAGGGGCGGCAGCGCGCCGCUCCUCACUCCUCCUCGUUCCCCCCGACAGAGGCUCCUCUGCAGACCCUCCACCUGGACGUGUGGGGCCCAGCCCGCGUUCGUGGCCAGGGCGGUGAGCGGUACUUUUUGCUGGUUGUCGACGACUACUCGCGUUACACCACGGUCUUCCCCUUGCGCACCAAGGGUGAGGUCCCUGCUGUUCUGAUCCCUUGGAUCCGCACAGUUCGUCUCCAGCUCCGCCGCCGUUUCCGGACGGAUCUUCCUGCCCUGCGUCUGCACUCUGACAGAGGUGGUGAGUUUUCCUCCGAUCUCUUGAGGACCUUCUGUCAGGCGGAGGGCAUCGAGCAGACCUUCACGCUUCCGGACUCCCCACAGCAGAAUGGGGUUGCUGAGCGCCGCAUUGGCCUGGUCAUGGAGGUCGCUCGUACCUCCUUGGUCCACGCGGCGGCUCCCCAUUUUCUGUGGCCGUUUGCUGUCCGGUACGCCGCGCAUCAGCUCAACCUCUGGCCCCGUGUCUCCUUGCCGGAGACCUCGCCCACACUGCGUUGGACGGGGGAGGUUGGCGAUGCGUCGCGCUUCCGGGUGUGGGGUGCUCGUGCCCUUGUCCGCGAUACGUCUGCGGACAAGCUCUCCUCCCGCACGCUUCCCUGUGUCUUCCUUGGCUUUGUCCCUGACGCGCCUGGCUGGCAGUUUUACCACCCCACCUCGCGCCGGGUCUUCGCCUCUCAGGACGUCACCUUUGACGAGUCGGUCCCUUUUUACCGUCUCUUCCCCUACCGCACUGCCCCCCUCCCUCCCCCGCCGCUGUUCCUUGCUCCUGGUCCCCCUCCGGUAGACCCCCUUCCCCCUCAGGGUCCUGCUCCUUCAGGUGUCUCUCAGGUAGACCCUCCUCCCGUCGCUGAGCCUGUCGAGGUCACAGGUGACUCAGGUGCUGCUGCAGGUGGUGCUGCUGGGAGUGCUGAGUCUGGGGGUGCUGAGCCUGCGGGUGCUGGGCCUGGGAGUGCUGGGACUGCGGGUGCUGGGGCUGAGGGUACUGUGCCUGAGAGUUCGGCGCCUGGGGGUGCUGUGCCUGGGGGUGCUGCGACUGGGAGUGCUGAGCCUGCGUGUGCGGAGUCUGGGGGUGCUGCGCCUGCGGGUACUGAGCCUGGGGGUGCUGCUACUGAGCCUACGGAGCCUCGGGUUGCUGCGUCUGGGGGUGCUCCGGUUCGGGGUGCUGAGCAGUCUCUCACACCGCAGCAGCUUCGUGACUGGUACGUCCGGCGCUUUCGCCGUCCUCGUGGCUCGGCUGGAGCUGGCGGUGCUAGCGGAGUUGGAGCUGCCGACUCUGGGGGUGCUCUUCCUAGCGGUGCUGCGGACCCUGGGGGUGGCGCUACUGCUGGUGCUGCGGACCCACCUGGUGGAGCUGCUGCUGGUGCUGAGGACCCGAGCGGUGGCGCUGCUGCUGGUGCUGAGGACUCGGACGUUGGAGCUGCUGCUGGAGCUGAGGACCCGAGCGGUGGCGCUGCUGCUGGUGCUGAGGACCCGGCCGUUGGAGCUCCUGCUGGUACUGAGGACCCGGCCGCUGGAGUCUCUUCUGCUUCUGGAGACGCUGCGCGGCCGCGACCGUACUUCGUACCGCUCCUUCAGCAGGUUCUUGGGCAGGCUCCUCCUCCUUGUCCUCCUCCCUCCGUAGAGUGUCCUCCGCCUGUCCAGCCGCAGUCACAGUUACCGCCUACCUCGCCUCUCCCUGCUCCCUCUCCUUACACUGGUCCCACAGGAGGUCUUACAGAGCGUCGUGAGCCUGCGUCUCGUCCUGCGUCGCCUGUUCGUACUGCUCGCACUGGUAGUCGUGUCCGUCGUGCUCGUCCUCCUCCUGUCCCAGGCACUCACUACAUGACUCUGCGUCCAUCUACUGCUCCUCAGCGUGUCCCUCUACCGUCUCCUCCUGCGUCCUCUUUGCCUGCCGUUCCGGACCCUGAGUCUGACCGGUAUCGCACUGAGCACCCUACUGUCACACGUCUCCUAGCCACUGUUGUCACUGACCCUACCUUUGAGUCCUCAGCUGCGUCUGCUCUGGUCGCUGAGUUGGUUGACUUUGCUGCUGCCUGUCGUCUAGACUACGCUGCUAGCCUUGUUGCUGAGUCAGAGUCUGCGUCUGUCUGUCCUCCGUCCGUCGGGGGUGAGUGUGCUCUUGGCACGGACGUCCUUGAGGACAGGCAGGAGGACUUUGACUCUCUCGCGGCUGCUGUACCUCAUCUCGUGGCCUGGUUGCUUGCCCCUGAGGGAGACCCGGAUGCACUAGACAUCCCCACUCCGCGCACUUACGCAGAGGCGAUCUCAGGUCCCUACUCCUCUCAGUGGCAGACAGCCAUGGACGCAGAGAUGGCAUCCUGGAAGUCCACAGGCACCUACGUCGACGAGGUUCCCCCUCCUGGGGCGAACAUCGUCGACGGCAUGUGGAUUUUCAGGGUGAAGCGGCCACCAGGUUCUCCGCCUGUCUUCAAGGCUCGUUACGUUGCUAGAGGCUUCAGUCAGCGUCAGGGGGUCGACUUCUUCCAGACCUUCUCCCCCACCCCGAAGAUGACCACUCUUCGGGUUCUGCUGCACGUUGCUGCUCAGCGUGACUACGAGCUUCACUCUCUUGACUUCAGCACAGCGUUCCUGCAGGGCAGCCUGCACGAGGAGAUCUGGCUGCGCCGCCCACCUGGCUUUACUGGGUCGUUUCCUCCUGGUACCCAGUGGAGCCUCCGCCGGCCAGUCUACGGUCUCCGCCAGGCGCCACGUGAGUGGCACGACACACUGAGGACUACACUUGCGGCUCUUGGGUUCGCGCCGUCUACUGCUGACCCGUCGCUGUUUCUGCGCACAGACACGUCGCUGCCGCCGUUCUACAUUCUCGUGUACGUCGACGACUUGGUCUUUGCUACUGCUGACACUGAGGCACUCGCUCGUGUGAAAUCACCCGGGACAGAGCUCGCCGCACCAUCACCCUGA